AUGUCGAAGAAUCUCAAGAACACACGCAAAGCCACACCAGAGGACCAAAUUCGCUUCUUGAUCAGCUGCUGCAAGCAUUCAAACUUUGGCAGAGUGAGCUCAGACCCGGAGUACAAGCUCAGUUGGGCCAAACGUUAUGAGAGAGUCUGCAAAGCAUACAGCACCCAAGCAUAUGUAGGUCCAGACGAGGACGAGGACGAGGACCACGACGAUGACAUCCCUAUGGCUUCUUCUGCUCGCAAGAGAAAGACCGUAGAGGUUGCAGAUGCCGUGAACCCAGCCAAAAAGAGCUUUGGUACCACGCACUCACGGCCGGCGCCAACUUGCAGCGCAUCGAAGACCGAAGCAUUUGACAAUGAGAGAGCUUCUGCUAGAGACCUUGUGCUCCAGCUUGAGCAAGCCCGGCCCCCACAAGAAGUAUCGACGCAACGACAUGUUGCUCCCGGAUCUGCACCGUCUCCGUGGCUUCAGCAAACUGGCCCAGCCAUGCCGCCUCCUCUUCCCGGCUCCGUUGGAAUGCAGCCGCGUCUGCCGUUCCCUACUCCUUUCCCUCCGCCAAUGCAGGGCUACGCCCUCCCAAGUUCAGUUAUGCACGUACGGGCGCCAUUUCCUGGAUAUUUGUCUUUUGCCAACGUUGCCGGCCCUCACAUGCCUGAUGGUAUGCGGAUGCUCUGUCAAGCGCCAGUCUCCGUUGACGAUUCUGUUGCUUUGCCGGUCCGAAAUGAGGUUGAUCAGAACGUCACGUUCAACCAGUAUGCUGGUCCAGGUUACCCCCUUCGACUGUCAAUGCCACAAGGCCCAAUCCGCGCUCUCGAGGAGGAGACUCUUCGACAACAGCAGCGGCUUCCACCUCAACCGCAAGAGGUCCAGCCUCUGUUGCAGGGGGAGCAGGCUCCAGUCGCAUCAACCGCAAAAGAAGAGGAGAUGUCGUCAGAUGUUGUCGUUGUGGAGUAG